UACAUGUUCUUCUCCAACAAGUAAAAAAUACCUCUGAAAGGAUGAACACUGAAUGAUCAUACAAACUAGAAGAAAUUGAAGUUUUCCUCCACGUUUUCAAAAUGAAUUAGAAAGAUAGACCCAACUUCAUUUCAUAUGCACCAUUUGGAUGGUAAACGUUUUAGAUGGCGACACUGCACUAGACAGAAAGAAAGAAAAUUCCAAUCAAAAUUUCUUUUUACAAUUUGUGAUUCAAAUGUGAAGCACACACUGCACACUUUACAGGAUUUACUGGUUGCAGGAUCAUCCCCCACUACUGCUAAAACUUAGACAUAUGGAGGAGAAAAAAAGUAAAAUUUACAGGAAACUGAAAAAGAGAAAGGGCGGUUUGGGUUGUGACUUGUGACUUGUGACAUAUCCUAUAGCCUGCAAACCUUGACAAAAGAGAUUCUCUCUUUUCUCCUUUUCCUUUUUAUGGGCUUUGACAGUAACGACUUCUUCCUUAAAAAGCUGCCAACGCACUAACUCCAAUAUCUUGUUAUCUUCGCUCCCUAUUUUGUGUCUGAGGAAGCGAGAGACAGCCAGAGAAAGCUAAAAUUAUGGAAGAAAGAGAUAAGCAUGUGGCGGCAGACUCUAUGCAACAUCUUAAUGCAACAAUUAUGUCACCGGAGAUUGUGGAGAUCGGAGAAGAUAGCUUGAGCGUUGCCACAACUACGAGUGCUACUUCCACCGAUGUUUAUGUGGCCGUUGGCAAAGAUGACAUACAUGUCCUUAAAUGGGCUCUUGAUCAUGUUGUUUCACCUGGCACUCGGGUUUUUCUCAUCCAUGUUUUUCCUCGUAUAACUUUCAUCAGCACACCUGUUGGAAGAUUAGCAAGAAGUCAAUUGAAUGCUGAGCAGGUGAAGGUUUAUAUCAACGAAGAGAAUAACAGAAGAAGAAGCCUUUUGCACAAAUACAUCCGUCUGUGUACUGACGCCAAGGUGACAGCCGAGACAAUGCUUAUUGAGAGUGAUGUGACUGCUAAAGCAAUUCUCAAUCUCAUUUCUGUUCUCAACAUCACCACCCUUGUCGUGGGAACGAAACGCCGACCUUGUUCCUGGCGAUUAUGGAAAAAAAUGGGAAAAGGAGAAUUCAUCAAAAAGAAUGCUCCAGACUGCUGUGAGGUGAGCAUUGUUCAAGAUGGCAGCAAGGUUCGGGAGGGUCAAGAGCUAGCAGAGGUUCAUUCAUCGGUGCCUUCUAGACCUAGAAGGCCACAGAUUUCUCAACGUAACCUCUUCCAAUAUGCAUGUUGUUCAGGCAAGUACGAUCGGAGCUGAAAUCGUGUAGGACUGAUAAAAACCGAAGGCUGUAAGAGCUCUCAAGUUCUCAGUAAGGAGAUAAAUGUCUGGCAACAAUACGAAUAUGAAACAGAGCAGAGUCAUGGAAAGGCACAACACCACUAUCCCAAAGUAGCACAAAAUGAAGCUACAUUCAUGGAUGUAAUCCUGUUAAUAAGGUUGUGAUUGUGCAACCAGAACUGCAGAAAUAGUCAAAUAGGAAAUAUGGGUUUGAAAAGGCAGAGUACCUAACAAUGUUUUCAGGUUAGAUUCCAUGUUUGGCAAAAGAGGAGCCUGGUAGAAGCAAUAUGAAAGGUAUGCUUAACAGGCAUUUCCAGCAAGCCAAGAAUGGCUAGAUGUGAUAGUCCACUCAUUGUUAUUCAUGCUGUGUUUCAUUUUUUACUUCAAGAUGUUGACUCCUGAACUCCAGUUAUGAAAACUGACUAAUUUUUAGGCAA